GGUCGUUACACUGUACCCGAACAACAAGAAACAAUUGCCGCUCGAUACACUGUAUCCGAAAAAGAAGCAAUUGAAACAAAGGGAGGCGAGGGGAUGGAGCGCGUGACCCUGACCAGCAGCGCACUCUUGCUGCGCGCCCGCUCACUGGUCAGCGGCUGAAGUGCUGCGUCCGAAGCCUCCCUGCCCCCGCCCUUUUCGCUCUGUGCCAGCGUUUGCAUCGCGCUCAUUUUGAAGGCUGUGCGAGAUUUUGUUCCGUCUCCAAAAUCAAACCGGAGUCACCCAGCUGCAAAAACAGGGACAACACUCUUAAUUAACCAGUUGCUCUCAGCACUCGAGCGGAACCUUCCUUCCGUCUCCCCCUCUGGGGGUUAAUUGAUCAGCAGAAGUACAGUCAUGUUCCAUCUACUUGUGCUUAUCGCUCAGCUGCCUGUUCUUACUGUUGGACUAUCACGGUGUGCUGACAUAUCAGAAGCACAAACUAGGCUUACUCCAAAACCACAAAGAAAAGCAUUUAUUCGGGGAAAUGAAGCUCGAAGUUUCUUGGGACGACGUCUCCUGUACAAUCGAUGGGAUUUUGAAAUAUUUACUCAAGGAAAUCUCGAACGAGAGUGCUUUGAAGAAAUAUGUAGCUUUGAAGAGGCACGAGAAGUUUUUGAAGAUGAUAGGAAGACAAAUAUCUUUUGGAAAGGUUACACAACAAAGGGCCCUUAUGCCAAGCCAGGCAUUACAACUGAUAUAACUACAAUUCUGACAGCGUUCUUUGGCACUGUGUUAUUUUUAAUUCUAUUGGUGUUCUUUGUCUGGUAUUACUGCAAGCAGCGGAGAUACAAAGAUCGAAGUAGUACGAGGAGGACUGAGGAAACAUCCAUGAAUCCUGUGCCCUUUACUACAGAUCCAGAGUCAGCUCUACCUUCCUAUGAACAGGCACUUGUGGCAACUGGACAAUAUGAUGCCCCUCCACCCCCUUACCCAGGGUCGUCUUCUGGUUCCUGGAAAUCCCAUCGCUCUCGAUAAUGAACAAAAAUUAGAAUUGAUAAAAUAUUCACGCUAACAGUAAACAUUUAAAUUUAAUGUAUUUUUAAUAAUGAAAUCUGCACUAUACAAAUGAUAUUUAAUUAAGUAUUCUUUGUUUGUAUUUGAAUGUGUGAUAUUUGUACAUAACUUUACAUGGAGAUGUAAAAUUAUCAGGAAAUUAUACAAAAAUGUUGAUUCUUUUUCAUUGUUUAAUCUUUUUCUAACACUUUAAUUCAUAGUACACUUGGAACAGCAUUUUAAACAAUGCACAUUUAAAUCUUGCAAACCACUGACUCUCAUGCUUUUUUGGUGGAAGUACAGGUCUGAGAUUGGCUCCAAGUUGCAGGAUUCUCCAACUCCAAGAGUGAUUGAAAAAUUUGUUAAAUAUUGUGAAAUCAGGCCUGGCUUUAGUAUCACUGAGUAAUCAGACACGAGCCUUCCCAUGAUGUUUAUCAAAUAUCAAUUAUGAAUAAGGUGGAAUUAUAUUAUUCAGGUUCACUCAAACACAUCUUAAAUUCAAGGUCUCUGAAAUUCAAAAUCUCUGCAAGUCUAGCAGUUCAAUAACUCAAAUCGAUACCAGACACAAAAGCAUCAACUUGUUAAAAAAAACUGUUGGCUGUGGAACAAAUUCAUUGAUACCUUUUAUCUUUCUCUGCCCAUAACUUGAACAAUUCUGCCUAUGCCCACAUUGGAGUUCAAUCACUAGCUCAACAUCUAAAGAAUUCAUGGCCAAAUUGAAAUGUCUGGUUAGCUACUGUCCUGGAUAUACUACUUUCAGUGCACGAGAACAUUCAAAUUAUGAUAUCAGAGAGUUCGGUUAUAGUAUAAGACACAUUAUACCACUUAUUCAAUUAUUUUUCUGUGCCAGUGAUGGGAGGGGUUUUUUUUUUGGUAAGAUUGUGGUAAGCCUAAUGAAAAAUUCAGCUCUUUGCUUUGAACAUAGUAGGUACCAAUAUGUAAUGCAAGAGCUUUCCCUUUAAAGCAUAAAUGAUGGAAUAAUGUCUGUAGGCAUUCUGCAUUAAUCUGAUCUGUAAGACUGUAUACCAGAAGAUGAAUUAAGGGGUCUGAAUGGGUUAAUGGGAUGGAGAGGAAUCUAGUCAUGGGAGAUGGUUGAUGAAGUUAGAAUGAUUUAUGUUGAGUAGUUUCCAUCACCAGUAUACUUCAACUGGCAACUUGUACCCUAUCCUUAGACUAACUUCCUAUGGACUAGUAAGCAAAGAGUAAGUGGUGACACAUUAUUGCAUGUUAGGAAUAAGGAAAAAAGGUGUGUGCAUUGGAUUUCUAAUCACUGCUUAUAACCAAUAACAUUUAUUAGUACUGCUGUGGAUAAACCUGGAUCUGAAUUUGAGUGACAACUCCAUACCAUACCUAACCUCUUCAGUUUUCUCCCUUUAGAGAUCCAGUGCUAUCUUGCUAUGAAAGAAACUCAGCUGUACUUUAGAACUUUUCUCUUCACCUAUUUGAGAAAUAAACUGCCCAGUUGUUCAGCAAAUUUAACUAUUCAGUAGCUAAACUAUAUGAACCGGAAAUAUUCCAGGUUUAAUCCAAGUCUGUGUGUGGAAUUAUCUGAUCUGUCAGGCUGAUGUAAAGACAGUGACUCUAUGUUACAGAGAAACAAAACAAGUUAGAAUCCCUGCUCCUAAUCAUGGUCAGGGACUGCUUCUGGAAGUUCCAUGUAACCUAAAGUGAUGUUUGGGCAAUUGGAUAGCCUAUCAACUCUAAUACACAAGUCUCAUGCAUGAAUCAUUGCUGCUUGGAUGAGGAUAAUAUAAUAGAGUGAGUUUAUAGAGCUGUUGCCCUGAGAGGGAGACAAUGCCUUCAGGAGAUGAGAAAAUUGAAGUAUAAAACUUCAAAAUUAGCCUUGUCAUUUUUCCUAUUUUGAGUAUUGAUCAGAAGUUGAUUUUGCCUCUCCUGGAUGAUUAAUCCCUGUUGAAGUUAGCAUGUUAUCUUAAAAAAUGAAAGAGAAAUGAAAAGGAAAGGCUCUUGUGUCGCCUCAAGAGAAUGGAGCCUGACAAUUUUUGCAAAGGUAUUCAAGUCAGCAAGCCUGACAGGAAGAGGAAUCAAAGAGAAGCUAUUUCAGUUUAAAACCUAAACAGGCCUAAUUAGACUUGCAUACAGUUGUUUAAGGUAGGAAUUACUGACACACUUCGAUGGGGAAUCAAUUCUGAUAUGCUUCCCACAUCAUAUGGAGUUAUGACAAAGUAAGGGGAUCGGUUAGUUCAGUAGUCUAGAUAGCUAGAGUGUGAUGCAGGAUGACACCAAUGGCGUCGUAGUUCAUGGAAGCUUGCCCUAUGCUUGCAGAAUGGCGCACCUCAAACGAUAUAUCCAAUUGUCUCUCUCUAAUAGAGAGAGAUGCCUAUAGUCCUUUGUGGACUAUGGAUAAUUACCUUAUUACCUUAUGACAAAGUAAAGCCCUGGGAAUGAAGUCCAGAUGGUAGUCUCUAAGUAAAUCAUUCCUUUUGUGUGUUUUAAGUCCCUAAUUAUUGUGAAAUCUGAGAGGCUUAAGUUGUCAGAUAUCUGGCUAACUAUGACCAAAGCAACUCUUUGUGAGCUGAAUUCAGAGUUUAUUUUGAACUGAGCCAUCAAAAGCAGUCAUGGUUUGGCUGCAGCUACCGAGGAGGUUUUGAAGCAAUUUGGUCUCCCCCAUCGAAACUGGUAUCUCAGUGCUUUUUCCUCUAACCCUAACCUUCCCCAGCCCCCAAUUCCUACCCCACAAACACCCAGAAUAAACAUUUCCCUGCGAAGAGACAUUAUCCACAAGAAGAUUGUUUCUUUUUGCUCUAUCUUUGUCCUCCCUUUGGCACUUUUUUUAACCAGUCACUCAUUAAAAUUUUGUGUGUUAUAGAUCAUCAUUCUGGAUUCUAUACACCUAUUGUUAAAUAAUUUCUUUCUGUAGGACUAUUUUGUUUUUCACUUGUGCAUUGUGUCUUUGUUAAUGGAUUAAUAACUCUAAAAUGUUUUGAUUCUAAAUAAAACCUGCUUUCUUCAAAAAAAA